AUGGCAUGGAGAUCCUUGAAACCUUUAGGCGAGGAUGCUGGAAUUGGUUGCUCCAUCCGAUAUUGCCUCAAGGCUCGAUCUGGCAGGUUCCACUCCACCAUGUGCCAACAGAUCAAGGGCACCUUGCACAACCACGUCUCUUCAUCCUCGGGGUGUCUAAGACGAUGCAUCUCGACCACUUCAGGUGGAUAUGGAUUUCAUGUCACCUACACUCAUUAA